AUGCCAACUGAAUCCAUCAGCUCUCGUCAAAACCCUGACGGUAAACACGCGGAAAAGACAGCGACUCCCAGAUUUGCAAGCUUCAAGCCAAAUCCACCGUCGAGAAUCCAGGACCAAGAGACUAGGACUUCGGGAAACGUGAAUCGGCUUCCCGAAAACCAUGACCACGCUCCGGACGAGUCUGUUUCGAGGUUGAAAUCUGGUAGGCAAACCCUAGGCCGACAUCAUCCUCGGGGUCACCAUCAACGUAGCGUUGACAGGGAAGCGAACCGUCAUAUCGGAUCACAGCCUGCAGGACACGAUCCCGGGCCGGGUGAAAACAUACCACAGUCGUUCGUAGUUGACCGAGUAGGCGAUCUCGACAAUCUCAACUUCGGCGCCCUCCAUAGAUAUGCAACGGCGUCAUAUUUCCGUUUCGGUGCCGGAAAUGUUAUGGGAUCACCCAUGAAUCAGAGGAUCGAUCGAGCACUGAGUACUGACAAAGCAUUGGUGCUGUCCGACGACACAUAUGGAUUGCCGAAGAAAAGAGACAAACAUGCACGUUGGAGGCUUGAUCAGGAGGGAGCAAGAGAGUUAAAGAUCAAGCCACGAGAGGAACACGACCCAGCCAUUGACUCUGCCGCCGACUAUGUUUCCUUCGAGGCUGCACAUAGAGCGAAGAGAAGGCGAGGAGAUGACGGAUUGCCUGUGGAUUGCGCGUCGUCUUCAGAUCAAAAUGAUACGCAAUAUAGCUCUUUAAAGGGCAAGGCCAGAUACAAGAAAGAGCCUGCUGAUCAAGACUUGAAGUACAACAGCGACACACCGUCUUCACAAGACACCGCGGGCAGCCGUCUUCUUGUAUUGGACGAACCAGCUCAAAGGAAACGAGUCCAGUUGUCUAGGAGGACGGAUGCAGAGCCAACCAACUUUGAGGCUUGGAUUGAUCUGAUCAAUUACCAAGACAACCUGCUUGGCCUAGGUCAGAAUUCUAAAAGAACGAGUCUGACCAACGCUGAAAGACGUAGCAAUGCUGAGAUCAAAUGUUCUAUUUUUGAAAAGGCUCUAGAGAAGGUCAAAGAUUCGGAGGGCCGUGAGGUCUUGUUGCUUGGCAUGAUGCAGGAGGCUGCUGAGAUUUGGAGAACUGAAAACAUUUCAUCCCGCUGGAAAAGUAUACUUCAGCAGAAUCCCCAAAGUUUGCGAUUGUGGACCAAAUAUCUCGAUUUCAUACAGAGGAGCUUCACCAGUUUCAGGUUUGAGGAAGUAAAGAGCGUCUACUUGGAUUGCUUGAACCUAACCCAGAGGGCAAGAACCACUGGCGAGAUAACUCUUGACGAGCAAAACAAAGUUUUUGACAUCCAAAUCUAUGUCGUACUUCGCAUGACUCUGUUCAUGAGAGAAAGUGGUUUCGCAGAGCAUGCUACGGCAGCAUGGCAAGCUUUGCUGGAAUUCGUUUUCUUUAAACCUAACUUUUUCCAGACUAGCGACCAUAAUAAGGAUCGGUCUUCUCAUGAAGCCACUGUAUCCAUGUUUGAAGAAUUCUGGGAUAGCGAAGUCCCACGGAUUGGUGAGGAGGGCGCUGAAGGUUGGGCAAGCUUCUCCCAAAAGCAAGGGGAGCCGCCGCAGCCAAGAAACGAAAGGGCAGAUGACCUCGAAGACAGCAAGGAUCAUUGGAAGUCGUGGCUUGCUUUGGAGAAAAGUCGUAGUUUGCUGUCCCGAAACCCUGUCCGUACUAUUGAUGAUAUAGAGGAGAACGAUCCCUAUAGGAUUAUUCUGUUUUCGGAUAUUCGGCCUUUCCUCAUUGAUCCGCCGUCACUUGCAUGUCAGCAACUGAUCUUAGACGCUUUCACUGCGUUCUGUUGUCUUCCACCUUUUGCUGCGGAAGGCCCUGAUAGUCAUUCGAGGGUCUGGGGAAGAGACUGUUUUCUCCGUAAUGAUGCUCUACGGUUGAAUAGCAAGCUCCAGGACUCAUGGAAGUUGCGUUUCCCAAAACAACAUGGAGGCUCAGAGGAACAAAAUAGCAUUGAUGAGGAGGAUGCUCGGUUGCAUUCGGGCACGCGAGAUCCCUUUCAGUUCCCUGUCCGAGACUAUCAGGUCUCGUCGGACUCCCUAUUUGCCGAAAGGCAGUGGUUUUCCGCCUUUGAUACAUGGCAGGAGCAAUGUUUUGGAGAUGGUGGCCCAGUAGAGGUGGCAUGGACAUUUCGAUCACUCAAGUCGCUCAUGAGUGUAGAUGCAGGGAAAGAAGCCGUUGCGUUAUAUGUCCUCGCCUUAGAGCUAAGGACCUCACCAGGAACAGUAAGAAAAACUGCGAAGAACAUAUUGAGGAAACGACCGUUUAGCAUCUGCAUCUACAAUGCGUAUGCGCUCAUUGAGUAUCGCCUGGCCGGUACCCAGAAAGGUGAAGGUAUCAUCACUACGUCACUUAAUAUGGGCAAGAAACUCGACGAGGUCUCCCAAAGAGAUUCCAUACUGCUGUGGCGCACCUGGAUAUGGGAGACGCUAAGUGCAAAAUCGGCGCAAGAAGCUUUGGUGCGGCUUUUGGCUAUUGGAGACGAAGAGAUCCAGAUGCCUUUUCCGGAACUGCAUCCGCUAGAUGACUUGGGUUUAGCAAAGCCGGCUCUGCUGCUUCGAACAGAAAGGGCUCUCAUUGCCAUUCGCGAUCAUAUGUUAUCGUUGAGCUCAUACACUCAUGCAGCCUUUGCCAUCGAAUGCCUGAUCCUGUUCGCAUAUCUGAGAAACGCCCAAUCCUUAACCGCAGCGACUUCGGCCUUCAAGUCAAACAUCGCUCUUCUCUCCACCCAUGUUUCUUCGAAAUCUUCGAACCACGAGCACCUCCACCAAUCCUUUGCCCGACUCCUUUAUUAUCAUGCCACUCAUACUCAUCUCUUCAAGCCAUCGGAUAUUCGCUCACUCCUUACGGAAAACAUAGCUCAAUUCCCGCAGAAUACCAUCUUUCUCUCCCUCUACGCUUGGAACGAAGCUCGUUUUCGCAUCGACGAUCGAGUACGCUCUGUUGUUAAGGAGCUUGUCCUCGGUGGUAGCGGUAACACAAAGAAUAAAGUCCAAGACAGUGUGGUGCCACACUUCUUCGCCAUAUACUCGGAAUUGCACCGAGGUGUUACGUUCGGCAGCAAUAUUUCCACCAUCCGCAGUACCUUCGAACGUGCUGUCGAGAGCGAUAGCGGUACACACUGCGCGGGCUUAUGGAAAUUGUAUUUUCUAUUUGAACACUCGAGAUCUGAGGCUGAGAGAGCGAAAAAGGUAUUCUGGCGAGGCCUGAGGGCUUGCCCUUGGGUCAAAGAUUUGUAUAUGCUUGCCUUUGAGCAUCUGAAAGGCGAGAAGGUGAUGGGUGAGGCAGAUUUGAGAGGCAUAUAUGAGCUUUUGGGCGAAAAAGAGCUGAGGGUGCAUGUAGGACUCGAAGGCAUCUUUGAAGGCUUAGACGAGAGACAGCCAGACCAGAGAGGGUGA